AUGCCUCUUGUGGUGUUUAAAUCUAGCUUUAAUGGAAAAAGAAAGCAGAUGGAGUCAUCAAGUGAUUGUUCCAUAGUGUCAUUCUACAGAGCCCUUGAAACUGGGAUGUUUUGGUUUCCUGCUCAAGUCUUUAAUCGUGAGAAUGGGCAUGUUGGGUUCAUCAUGUCAUGCUAUGAUGCAGAGCUUUGCUAUGAUUCUCAUACGGAUACUUUCGAGGCUAGAUAUCCACCACAUGGGACAAGGGCAAUUGCGUCAGAGAGCGGUGUGACAUGGGAGAGGUUAAGGGCAGCUCCGGUUGAUAAUUCACCUCAUGAUCUUCUUAUUUCAAACUCUUUAAAUGAUUUGCGCCCAAAAGAUCACAUUGAAAUUCAAUGGAGAAAGAACAAACAAUUCCCUUAUGGUUGGUGGUAUGGUGUUAUCGGGCAUUUAGAAUCAUGUGAUGGUAACACCACUUAUUGCCAAUGUCACACAAGCAAUACGUUGGUGGUCGAGUUUAAGCAGUAUGCACCGGGUUCACGAUGGAGACAUAUGACGAUCAAUAGGAAAGACCAUCGGGAAGAAGGAAAUGAAACCGAAGGGUUCUAUGGAGGAAUAAAAAAACUAUAUAACAAGGAUGAUAUAUCUAUGUGGCAGCAAUUUUGGCCAGCUGGAAUCUUGGAAUAAAUAAGCAUAUUUUUUUGAUAGAGUUAGAUGGUUAAAUUUUUUUUUUCUUUUUUGUAGGAUUAGUUGGAGAUUGGCACAUAUAUAUGGGUAUCACCCACAUGUGACAUAAGCUCCCAUUGCACUUGAAAAAUGUAAUGUGUUGAUAUAUACGACUUCAUCUAGACUUCCCUUUUCUCUAAUCAACG